AUGAAUUAUUCUAUAUUUAUACAUUUAGGCUUGAUUAUAUCCUCAUUAAGCCCGGCAAUAAUUGCAGAUCUUUAUAUUCUCGAUAUAAGAAACUACAACUGGGUUACUACAGCAACCAUAAACAAACUUGGACCAACUUCUGCUUCAACUCCAAUUCCAACUAAAACCGAAAUUCCGAGUUCGCCUGCAUCUGCAUUAAUUAUUGGAAUUGCUACUAGUGUAGCUGGUAUUAUUCUAAUUGGAUCUGUAAUUGCUGGAAUAUUUAUACAUAAAAGACGACAAGAACGUCGUUAUUCUAUUGCAACGCCUGGAAGCAUCAACUUAGAUAUAUAA